AUGGCUUCUUCACUGGCUUCCGACAAGCCUAGCUUGCCCGCACCUGGCGCAGCGCCGUGCGACCCGUUUGUCAUAACCGACGACACCAACACAACAACACCCGCUCAUCACCGAUAUUCACAAUACGACCAUGACUUUUUCGUCACUGGCCCUGCUUCGCCAGAAUCCGCGAAGCGAGCUCUAGCCGCCCAUCUUCAAGAAACAGAGCGACGCCUUGAGGAGGCGGGCAAACUCGGUAAUGCCUUGGUCGCCCAGCGCAAAGAGCUCACCGAACAACUUAAGGAGAUUGAGAAGGUGAACAGCGAGGAGGAAUUGUCACAAGAACUCCGGGAGCGAAUGGUCGACAUUGAGAAGGAAUUCAACACACUCACUCGAGAGUCUGCGCGAAACCUGUUGCCAAAACAGAGGGUUCCCAGCAAUGAGGUUCACCCUAGUUCUCCCUUUGCGCCCGACACCAAGGGCCCCAGAGUACGAUCUGUCAGCCCGUCUAAAUUUGAGAUUCAAGCAACAGGGUCCCCUACUAAGCUUACCGUCCCGAAUCGCAAGGUUCGCAAUCAGCCUUCCAACAGGGUCCACGAUAUCGAAUUCGCAACCGAGAUCAGCACUUCACUUAUCGCUCAAGUUCGCAAUCUGCAAGGUGUGCUCGCCGAAAGAGAUGAAGAAAACAAAGACCUCAAAGCCGACAAGGCGCGACUUGAACUCGAAUCAGAGGGAUUCCAGCAGCGCUUCAAGUCCCUUGACGAAAGCGAGAACCGAUAUAAGGAGGAGAACUGGAAUCUUGAGACCAAGCUGCAAGAGCUCACUACUCAACACAAGGAGGCGCUCGAUCGCGAGAAGAAGCUCACGCAAUCCCUCAAUGUGAUCAGGACGGAAAAGGUCAACACGCAGCGAGAACUCGACGAGGUCAAGGUGACUCACGCACGGUUGAUUGAUCAGCACGCCGCUGCUGUCAAGCAACAUGACAUUGAACUUGGUACCGUCAGACGUAACAUCGCCAUGGCAGAGGGUGAACGUGCCGCUAUGCAGCGCAGGAUCGACGACCUCACUGGGCAGAACCAAGAGCUCGCCAGGGCCUUUGCAUCCCAGCGCCGAAUUGUCACGGAACUUGAACCCACCAUCCGAGCCAGCGAUGACGAUCUUGAAUCAUCUACCGAUCAUCUCACUCCCGAGCACUCGCCGCCCCAAUCACCGAUGAAGGGUACUCCUCGCCAUGCCAUGCUGGAGACUGAGACUAUGAAAUCCUCUCUUCACCACGCUCAACGUACCAUCCAGAGCCAGCGAGGUCUCCUUCACCGUGAGAAGACCGAGAAGCUGGAGCUUCGACGUAUUAUACAGGAUCUUCGCGAUGAUCUCGAGAAGGCGCGUAGUGACCCAAGUGAACCCAAGCCCCAACGACCUCGCCGCACUAAAGAUUCUAAGGAAUUUAAGAAGCCCCCUCGUCUACUUGGAUCCUUCCGCUCCAGCAGACAAGAGGUUAUCACCGAUGAUGGCGAGUGGGAGGACCAGACCGAUAUUUCUCCUCGUGCCUCUGUGUCUCCUUCGUUGGCUAGGGCUUCCUUGGCCAACAGCAGUCACACUGUUCUACCAAGCAUCGAGAUUCCUGACGCGACGGAUACUGAGCACUUCGACACUGCGAAUGAAGGUGCCGACUCAGCCUUUGAGACGGCUAACGAGCGGGCCACCGAAACCGAGGAUUUCCAAACUGGAAACGAGGAAAUGUCAGCGAGCGACGACACCGAAACUGAGGGUACUACCCGGGGCUUUGGCAGCAUGCGGAAUGCUCCCCGAUUACCGGCCGGCGGUUUUGUGCGUCACGGAAGCACCAACUCUCUGCACAGCACUGCUUCCACCUCGGCUGAUGAGGACGACGUUGCGUACACCAAGACUCCAAGUGGUACCAUCAGAUCCCAGAGGAGCAGUCGUUUCCGCAUGAGCCGUAGUGUCUUUAACCGUUCUAGACAAGCCAGCGAGGAGCCCGCGUUCCAGAGCAGCCCCGUCAGCUAUGCGGGCAGCCGGGACGCAACACCCCACGGUCAGAGUUUGUUUGCCGAGCUCCAAGACUUCGACGGUAGUGACGACGACUCAGCCGGACCUGGAACUCCCAGCCGACUUCGUGCUCGUUCCAUGACCCCUGGCUCCAUUAGAUCUUUCCGCCGAGGAUCAUCUCCGCGACCGGCGGUGCCUCCCCUGCCAAAGGUCAUCAUGGUUGAUACUGGCGUCAUGACAGAGCCCGUUAAGAUCGUGCCCAGACUCUCAGGUUUCCAAUCGGCCCAGACAAUCUCAAGUGGCUCAAUGACUGAAGAUGGAGAAGAGAACUUUGCUGAAUCGCCCAUUAGCGUGAUGACUGCUAACCGUCCUGGUUCUAUGCAGUCAGCCAUCGGUCCUCUAAGCCAGCGUGGCCCUGCCUCCUGGCCUGUUGAUUUCGCUUUCGGUGGUUCUAGGCCAGUUUCUAUGGCCUACAGUGAUGCUGGUGCUCAACACGAUCCUGAUAUGGAAGAGAAGCUCGCCCAGUUCCCCGCUCCCCCUUCUAUGCUUGCUCCCAUCCUACCUCCUAUUCUGAGCAUGUCCUCAAUCGCAUCCGAGGAUGUCGAGCCCAGGGAAGAAGUCGAGGUACCCCCAACUCCUCUGGCAUUGACCUUUACACCCCUCUCAAACCAGAGCGUCGAGCCUUUGGCCGAGCCUGAGACUCCUCUUCCUGAUCUGACAAUGACAUCGAUCAUCUCCGAGGAGCUAGAGCCUCGUGCUGAGCCUGUUGUUCUCCCUCCAGCCCUCAGCCUGUCUACUAUCGCUGCUGAGCACUUGGAACCCCGCGCGGAGCCUGAGAUCCCCGCUCCGAAGCUCAGCAUGUCUGCUAUUGCUGCACACAGCCUGGAACCCAAGGCCGAACCUGAGGCCCCUCUGCCUAACCUGUCGUUGACAAACAUCAUUGCCGAGGAAGUCGAGCCCAUUGCUGAACCUCCUGUUGAGCCCGUCAUGUUCAUGCCUCCUCCGGCAUUGUCCAUGUCCGCGAUUGCUGGUGAACACGUCGAGCCCAUCGCAUCCAAGAACCCUGCGCUGAGCAUGUCUGGUAUCAAGGGUGAGCACAUUGUGCCAAUCUCUGAGCCAGCUGUGCCUGCUCCCGAGCUCCUUCUGUCCACAAUCCGAAGUGAGCAUGUUCAGCCGAUCGCGGAGCGGGAGAUCAACUCUACUGUGCCGGCCGUUGUCGCCCCCUCACUGUCCCCAGCUCCUGCACUAAGCUUCUCCGCGAUCCACGGAGAGAAUGUUCAGCCUAUUGCCAUCGAGGCACCCGAGCUCGCCAUGUCCAAGAUCGUGGGCGAGGCCGUUGAACCUGUUGUGGAACCAGUGCCUGAGCUCUCCUUCUCUACCGUCAAGGGCGAGUGUGUUGAGCCAACUGAUCUUCCUGCUCCUGAUUUGGCUCUCUCAUCCAUCGUCGUGGAGUCUCUCGAGCCCAUUAGCGAGCCUGAGAAGAUUGUUCCAAUGCCUUCUCUCAAGAUGUCAGCUAUCUAUGCCGAAGGCUGUGAACCGAGAGAGGAGCUGCCCCCUACUCCAACCACACUCGUGUUUUCUGGUCUGUCGACGCAAGACGUGCAGCCCGUAUCUGAGCCUGUGCCAUCUCUGGCUUUCUCAGGCAUUACGUCCGAGAACGUGAAGCCUGUCAUUGAGGCAGUACCUGCCCCACCGACUUUGGCUAUCUCUUCAAUUGCCACCCAGAGCGUUGAGCCCAUCAACCCUGUCCACAAGACACCCAUGUUGCCCGCCUUUGGAUUCUCUACUAUCGAAUCUGUCGAGACCAUGCCCAUCUCACCACGGACUCCCAAGAGAGAGGGUUUCAUUCUUCCCCGCGACAUGCAUUCGCCAUUCAUGGAGCGCGAUAUUCCUCGGACUCCAGAUAAUCAGAGAUCAUACAAUGGCGAUGUUGAUCAAGGCUCAUCACCUCUUAUGGUUGAGGACGAGAACACCCAGACCCCAAGCGAUACUCCUGAGCCCGCCACACCCGACUCUCAUCGUCCAUUUGAUAAGCCAUUGGUCAUCAUGAACGACCAGGGUGCGCAAACAUCUCUCACUGCCGAUGCCAUUGACGCCAUGUUCAAGGCUCGUGCUCAGCCUCUCGUUGGACUCCAGAAGAAGCUUUCAAUGACGAGCCCUGACACGCCUGCAACCACUGGCACAACCGGUACUGUCAGAAUCCACCGGCGCGACAGCUUUGAGAGCCCCGUCCGACAAGAUAGGGAUGAUGAUGUCUUCGACGCAUCAUUUGCCCGCCCGGGCAGCUCUAGAAGCGGUAUGGCAUCUAUGCACGAUGCUCCUCCUCUGCCCGCCAACCACCGCCAAGUCAUCGAGGCUGCACGAUCUGGUUCGGCCCAUAGCAACCAGAACAACAUGGGACCCCCACUAUGGCCAGCAUCUGUACUCAAGCAACGGCCAACUACUCCGGGACAGGGUGCCUCGCCGUCUCUUCGUGCCGGCACACCCCGUGCCGGUCGUAACCCCGUCAGCUACGGUGAGCUUGGAAGACAAUCACCGUCUAAGCUUACAACGGUAUCACGCAAGUCCUCGGUAUCAUCGUUUGCCUCGGAACUUGACACUCGCUUCAACAUCCGUCCUGGCGAGAUGGGCAUGGAUCCCGCUGGCUUUGGACCCAACACUGAUCCCCGCAUGAUCCAGGCCAUCACUCAGACCAUGAUCGGAGAGUACUUGUGGAAGUAUACUCGCAAGACAGGUCGCGGCGAGAUGUCAGAGAACCGACACCGCCGUUACUUUUGGGUCCACCCUUACACCAGGACUCUCUAUUGGAGUGACCGAGACCCUUCAACUGCUGGACGCACCGAGUUAAAGGCUAAGAGUGUGCCUAUUGAGGCUGUCCGUGUCGUUACAGACGACAACCCAAGCCCCCCAGGACUGCACCGCAAGAGCUUGGUCAUCAUUUCGCCUGGUAGAACUAUCAAGUUUACCUGUGCGACCGGGCAGCGACACGAGACAUGGUUCAAUGCCCUCUCGUAUCUGCUGCUUCGCACCAACAAUGAUCAAGCUAAUGUCGAAGAUAUUGCUGAGAACUUCACUCGUGAGGAUGUGGAUGAGUUUAAUCCUCAAGUUGGACAGCGCCCUGGUUAUGCAACCCGCCCAGGAGCUGCACCUUCUCUGUCGUCUUACCAUUCCCGAACAACCCGUAAUGAGUCACCAGCUGUUGGUAUGUCCAUGAACAUCCCGACUCUGACACCCAAGGCUCAGCCCCAGCGUCCGGCCGGAACACUUAGCAAGCUCAGUGGUUACUGGAAAGGCAGCCAGCUGUCUGGCACCUUCUCAACUCUGCGUGGCCGGGGCCCCAGCGCACAGAACGUUCACAUCUAUGAGGCUAGCGAAGCACACGACAGUGCUGAGGACGUGAGGGAGAUCAUCGAGAGGCAGGAUAGGGAUGCUGACCGUCUCGAGAACGUCCGAGCAUGCUGCGAUGGCAAGCAUGAUGUUGGAACCCUCCACCUUACCUCUAAGCGAGGCAGCCGUCCUGGAAACAACCACGCGCACUCUACGCACUCUCAGCCUGGACUCACACACUCUCAUACUACCAUGUCUUCUGUACGCUCUCGAGUUUAA